AUGGCAGAUAACUACCAGCAGGGCGAGUGUUCACCAGACGCCCCCGCAAGAGACGCCGCCGAAACAGACGCCACCACACCAGACGCCGCCGCAACAGCCGCCACAACAGACGCCGCCGCCACCACACCAGACGACGCCGAAACAGAUGCCACCACACCAGAUGCCGCCGAAACAGACACAACCACACCAGACGCCGCCGCAACAGAUGCCGCCGCCACCACACCAGACGCCGCCGCAGCAGACGCCACCACACCAGACACCGCCGCAAAAGCCGCCACAACAGAUGCUGCCACUCCAGACGCCGCCUCCGACGUCGCCGCCCCCAGCUGA